AUGAAUGAACGUUUUUCGUCUGAAAAUUUAAUUACAAGUGUAUUCAAAAUAACUGACAAUCGAAAAGACAAAACAGCAAGAGACUUAAGUAAAGAAAGUGCUACGUUUAUGUGGUAUCAAUUAUUAACAGAUAUAUUAAUUAAAAUACCAUAUGACGAUGGUAACGAUGUUAAUGGGGCAUGUAAAGAAAUGAUAGAUGAAUGUCGGUUAUAUUAUACUGAUGAUGAAAGUGAAUUAAGAAAAAUUGACGAUUUUGAAGAAUAUUAUAAUUGUAAACAAGCUCUUUACUGGUAUACUUGUGAUUCAUUCGUAUAUAGAUUGUUAAAUCGAGCAUUUCGUACAGAAAAUAUUGAUGUCAUAUUUAAAUUUCGUUCAUUUAUUACUGAUUUACAUCAACUGAUAGCAUCUGACUAUGCUAAACAACAGCACUCAAUUCAAAAUCCAAUAUUAACAGUCUAUCGUGGACAACAAUUGAACCAAAAUGAACUUGAAGUUAUAAAACAAAACGUAAACGGGCUAAUAGCUAUGAAUAGCUUUCUAUCAACAACAACAAAUCGUAAUUUAGCUGAAGUAUUUGCUGGUAAAAAAAAUAAGGAUGAACAGUUAGAAUCUAUUUUAUUUCAAAUUCAUGUCGAUACCAAGAUAACCACAUUACCAUAUGUUAGAAUUGACGAUAGUGCUGAAGAUGAAAUACUUCUUUCGAUGGGUGGUAUAUUUCGUAUUGAUUCUGUUGAGGAAGAGAAUAAUCAAUGGGUUAUUGAUUUAACAUUGGCAAGUAAUGACGAUGAAGAUGUAAACGAUUUAUUAGAAUUUAAACGCCGACAUUAUAUCGGUAAACGUCCAUCCCUUAAUACACUUGGUGUGUUUCUAUCUGAAAUGGGUGAAUAUGAUAAAGCUGAAAAAUAUUUCGAUUUAUUACUUGAACAAAACGAAAAAAAAUUAGUUAAUCUUACAGAAGAAGAAUUUGCUUCUAUAUUAAACAAUUGCGGCUUUUUAAAUGUUCGAAAAGGUAAUUAUAUCAGGGCUGCUUAUGAUUAUGAAAAUGCACUGCAAAUUUAUUUAAACAUAUCAAAUCAACAUGGUUCAAUGUCUACAUAUGUUAAUUUAGCUAGUCUAAGUAGUUUAACAGGGAGUUAUGCAUUGGCAGUUGAAUAUUUAAAUAAAGUACCAAAUUUAUCAGGGGAAAAUCCAUUACCACUAGAACAAUUUGAUCUUGUUAUUGCACGUUACGUUGGUGUCGGUAUGGGCUAUCGAGAUUGCGGUAAAUUUAAUGUUGCUGAGAAACAUGUGAAAAGUGCACUUAAUUUACAUUUAAAGUAUUAUCCAAAAAAUGAUCCGCGAACCGGAAAACUAUAUGUAAAUCUUGGUUUAAUUAAUAAUGACCUUGGUCGUUAUAAUGAAGCUAUUGAUAAUUUUAAACGCGGCCUUGAAAUCUAUUCAAAAUCUUUACCGCCUGAACAUCCCGAUAUUGGCAUUGCUUAUUCAAAUUUUGGUCUUUCCCAGAUAAAUUAUGGUCAAUAUCAUUUGGGCUUAGAAAAUCUCGAGAAAGCUUCACUGUUUUCAACAAUAAAUGAUUCAUUAAAGAGCAAUAUUUUUAAUAACAUGGGUCUGGCAUAUAAUUGUAUGAAUGACACUAUACAUGCUUUAGAAUUCUACCAAAAAGCACUUCAAUGUGCAUUAAUACGACCAGAAGAUGCUGACUUCUCAUUAAUAGCAACGAUUUAUAAUAACAUUGGAACAAUCUAUUGUGAUAAACAAGAGUAUCAACAAGCAUUGGUUCAAUUCGAAACAGCUCUAAAAUUUCAACUUAAAUCAUUACCAUCUCUUCAUUCUGCUCUAGCUUUAACAUAUAAUAAUAUUGGGACAAGUCAUUAUUAUCAAUUUCGGUAUGCUGAAGCAAUGUAUAACUAUCGAAAAGCAAUUGAUAUACAGUUAGAAACACUUAAAUGGAAUCAUCCAGAUUUAGCUGUAACUUAUAAUAAUAUUGGCAGUGUUCAUCGAAUAAAUAAUGAUAUUGAAUUAGCAAAGAAUAAUUUUGAAUUAGCGCUUGAAAUUGCUUUGCAAUCAUUACCACCAAAUCAUCCAUCUGUUAAAAUGUAUCAAGAACAAUUGUUAUCGUUAUAA